AUGUAUUACUGCUCUAAAGACACCAAUAUCAACGUUACCAGAGCUCACGACAGCUUGGACGACUACAUGGCCUUUGAUUCAGACGGGGAAAACGAUGAUGGCUUCGAUAACAACGAUGACGAACUGAACUUUGGGGCACUGGACCCAUACGAUGACGACAAUGUCGCCCUUCCAGACAUGAUGUUCGGGGAUGACCUGUUGGCUGCUGUUGGUGGUAUUAGGGGGAUUUCAGUGGACGUUUUGGGUCAGAGGAAUAAAAAACAUAUUCUUCGUGAAAUAUCGUGA